UAAAAAACGUAAAUAGAAAUAAUAGUAAGGUAUAAAAUAAACAUUAAUUAAUCCUCACGAGGGUCGCGGGGGUGCUGGAGCUUAUCCCAGCUGUCUUCAGGCAAGAGACAGGGUACACCCUGGACUGGUCGCCAGCCAAUCACAGGGCACAUAUAGACAAACAACCAUUCACACUCACAUUCAUACCUAUGAACAAUUUGGAGUCGCUAAUUAACCUAGCAUGUUUUUGGAAUGUGGGAGGAAACCGGAGUACCCGGAGAAAACCCACGCAUGCACGGGGAGAACAUGCAAACUCCACACAGAGAUGGCCGAGGGUGGAAUUGAACCCUGGUUUAAGCAUAGUGAAGAAUAUAUAAGACAUGCACCCUGCAUCCUUUAAAUGUUAUGUAUGCUGCCUUUGCUGUAAAGAAAUGUGGACACCUCUGAGUUCAGUGUACCAAAAAGAUAUGAUAUCCCUCCUCUGACAACGUGACAAGUGUGUGUCUGUGAUACGAGGGUCCUCAUUCUUUUAUUAUUGUUAUUAACUUAUUAUCACUUCAGCCACAUUCAGCCCAAAUGGGGAUGUAAGUCCAUUCCAGUUCCGAUUCAAUGAUAUCACUGGUAUUCUUCUAUGGUGGCAUGACAAAGAAAAGAAAAAGCAUUUGUGUCAUGGUGUUGUGGAAGUUCCACUGUACGUCUUUAAUGCACCCACUUCCCGGAAAACUGUUCUAUGUCAAACACUUUUUUUCAUGGGAAAAAAAAAACCUGUUUGUCUAGUCAACCUUCCUUGUUGUGCUGGUGCGGCUAACUCCAAGCAAAAUACCCGCAUUGCUCCAAAUGGACCCAACUUUACCCGACUCAUUUGGCUGUAAACACUCAUUCAGGAGUGAAAGCUGAUGAAGGCGGAGUUUAAGGGGUUUGCCGAAAGAAGUGCAGGAACACUUUCCCCUCUCCAACUUCUUUAACUUUUAUUUGCUCACCGCGAUGGGAUGAGUCAGGCAGUUUUGUUAGAGAUACGUCACUUUCAUCGCCGGGGUGCUAUCUUCCACUAGAAUCUUCUCAGCAGCGCGAAUGAAGACGUUGUCGGGAGUACCCGCAAAGGUGAUUUGCAUUGUGACGGAUCGAAGAGAUGGAUGGAUUAGAUGAGCUUGUUGUUCAAAGUGAAGCUGUAGCAAAUAAUAACGAUGUUUGCAAGUUUCCAAGCCAAGAAACCAAGUUUGAGUGGAUCAGCAAAUACCGAACAGCCACCAGAGGCCAGGGACUCGUCAAACAAGCCUUCGCACCCCUCGGCACCACACUGAAUAAACUCAACCAGCACAGGAAAACAGAGAAAUCGUCAGACAAGAAAAAGGGAAGCUUUGAAGGGCAAAAAAGUUCCAACAGUGCGACGCACAUCACCAGAGCACAUUACGCCCCUGAGAGCCAGGGCAUCUCCAGCCGAGACGAGCGUGAUGACCUGGUGCGCUCCUCUAGCCACACGCCGUCCAACAAAGCGCACAUUUUAGCCAUGCCGCAGUUUGGCCUGCGAGACAACCUCAUCCGGUGUGAGCUGCUGAAGAAUGAGGAUUUGUACAUUUACCGAGAACAUUUCAGUUUUUUCCUGGGCACGUAUAAUGUGAAUGGGCAGACACCGAAGGAAAGCCUCCAUCCAUGGCUAAGCUGCACUCCCGACCCUCCUGACAUGUACUGUGUGGGAUUCCAGGAGCUCGACCUUAGCAAAGAGGCUUUUUUCUUCAACGACACUCCUAAAGAGCUGGAGUGGACAAAGGCCGUGUCUGAAGCCUUGCAUCCAGAUGCCAAGUAUGCCUUAGUGAAGUUGGUGCGCCUGGUGGGUAUCAUGCUGCUCUUCUACGUGAAGAAGGAGCAUGCGGAGUUCAUCUCCGACGUGGAGGCCGAGUCGGUGGGAACCGGCAUCAUGGGGCGAAUGGGAAACAAAGGCGCCGUGGCAAUACGAUUCCGCUUCCACAACUCGGACAUCUGCGUGGUCAACUCUCACCUGGCGGCACACGUCGAAGAGUACGAGAGGCGCAAUCAGGACUACAAGGACAUUUGUAGCCGGCUUCAGUUUCGAUCGAUUGAUCCUACUCAGCCUCCGCUGAACAUCAUGAAGCAUGAUGUGGUUUUAUGGAUUGGGGACCUCAACUACAGGAUCAGCGACCUCGAUGUCAACAAUGUAAAGGAUCUCAUCAGCAAGAAGGACUUUGAGAUGCUGCACACUUACGAUCAGCUCAAGAGGCAGAUCGACGAGGAGGCGGUGUUUGUUGGCUUUGUGGAGGGCGAGAUCGACUUCCAGCCCACCUACAAAUAUGACACAGGCUCCGACAUGUGGGAUACCAGUGAAAAAUGCCGCGUUCCUGCGUGGUGUGAUCGUAUUCUGUGGCGAGGAAAGGAGAUCAAGCAGCAACAUUAUCAGAGUCACAUGGCUCUCAAGACCAGUGACCACAAACCUGUCAGUUCUGUGCUUGUAAUCGGGAUAAAGAGAGUUAAUGCAGAAUCCUACAAGAAGACCUUUGAAGAAAUUGUUCGCAAUUUAGACAAGAUGGAGAACGAGUGCAUUCCGUCCGUAACCUUGUCCAAGCGAGAGUUCCACUUUGAGAAUGUGAAGUACAUGGAGCACCACGCCAAGACGCUGAGCCUCUUCAAUGAUGGCCAGGUCCCGUGUCAGUUUGAGUUCAUCCAGAAGCCAAACGAGGACACGUACUGCAAGCCCUGGCUCACUGCCAACCCCCCCAAAGGCUUUAUUCCUCAGGGCACUUCAGUGGACAUCGACUUGGAGGUUUUUGUCAACCGCUCAACAGCGCCUGAGCUGAACUCUUGCAAGCAAGAAAUGGAAGACAUUCUGGUCCUGCACCUGCAACGUGGCAAGGACUACUUCAUUUCUGUGACGGGACGCUACCUGCCCAGCUGCUUUGGCACGCCCAUUCAUAUGUUGUGUCGGCUAAGGGAGCCCAUCCAAGACAUGCCCCAGGAGGCCCUUCGUGAACUAGUGGUAACGUCUGGGAAUGAGAGCAAUGAAAAGCCUCUCGACAUUCCAAAAGAACUGUGGAUGAUGGUGGAUCACUUGUUUCGCAAUGCAAUCAAACAGGAAGACAUAUUUCAGCAACCUGGACUCCGGAGUGAAUUUGCCGAAAUAAGGGACUGCCUCGACACCGGCAUGGCAGAUUCUCUCUCUGGCAGCAACCACUCAGUAGCGGAAGCCCUGCUCCUCUUCCUGGACGCCCUCCCAGAGCCAGUGGUCCCCUAUGCUUUUUACCAGCACUGCCUUGAGUCUUGCGCUAAUGCCAGCCAGUGUGAGAAGGUUAUUUCCACGCUACCUCAGUGCCACAGAAAUGUUUUUAACUACUUAGCCGCUUUCCUGCGGGAGCUGUUGAAGAAUUCUGCAAGUAAUCGGUUAGAUGUAACCAUCGUAGGCACGAUCUUUGCCUCGCUGCUCCUCAGGUCGCCCACCAAGCAGGACCUAUCAGAGAAGAGGAAGGCGCGGGAGUUCUUUCAGCACUUCUUAGUCCAGGCAUCAUUGUCAUCGUCGUCACCCUAGAUUUGAGGACCACCUAUGUUAAAUUAACACUAAAAGCUAUUGUGCAAUGUUUGAAAUAAACUGUUAAUCAUAAUUUUGCAUAUUCAUUGGAAAGUCUUCAUAAACAUCAAGAUAGUAUGUUAAUUAACAUAAGUGACUUAUCCGUGGGUGCAUUGAGAGACCACUUUUAAUGUAUGUUUAUUUAAAAACAAUUUGUAUUGUAAUGUUUCUGAUCCCUCCAGUAUCAGUGUUUUCUAUAUAAAGUUGUUGG